AGCAGCGAGCGGCCGCUGUUCGUCUGUGCUGCGCCUGGAGCUGGUUAGGCACUCUGCAUCCCCGCUCUGUCCGGCAUCCUGCCCGUCGCCGCCGCCAUGCCCUUCUCCAACAGCCAUAAUACGCAGAAGCUGCGCUUCCCGGCCGAGGAUGAGUUCCCUGAUCUGAGCAGCCAUAACAACCAUAUGGCCAAGGUGCUGACCCCGGAGCUGUACGCCGAGCUCCGUGCCAAGUGCACGUCAAGCGGCUUCACGUUGGACGACGCCAUUCAGACAGGCGUAGACAAUCCGGGCCACCCGUACAUCAUGACGGUGGGUGCAGUGGCGGGCGACGAGGAGACUUACGUCGUGUUCAAGGACCUCUUCGACCCCAUCAUUGAGGACCGGCAUGGCGGCUACCAGCCCAGCGAUGAGCACAAGACGGACCUCAACCCUGACAAUCUGCAGGUGCGAGGCUCGGAUCAGGGCGUGAUGGGGAGAGGGGCCUCGGGGCUCACUCACGCCACCACUUUGCGUCCUCAGGGCGGCGAUGACCUGGACCCCAACUACGUGCUGAGCUCGCGGGUGCGCACGGGCCGCAGCAUCCGCGGCUUCUGUCUCCCCCCGCACUGCAGCCGCGGGGAGCGCCGCGCCAUCGAGAAGCUGGCAGUAGAAGCCCUAUCUAGCCUGGACGGAGACCUGUCAGGCAAGUACUACGCGCUCAAGAGCAUGACCGAAGCGGAGCAACAGCAGCUCAUCGACGACCACUUCCUCUUCGAUAAGCCUGUGUCGCCUCUGCUGCUGGCCUCCGGCAUGGCCCGCGACUGGCCGGAUGCUCGCGGUAUAUGGCACAAUGACAAUAAGACUUUCCUGGUGUGGAUCAACGAGGAGGACCACCUGCGGGUCAUCUCCAUGCAGAAAGGGGGCAACAUGAAGGAAGUGUUCACCCGAUUCUGCACUGGCCUCACCCAGAUUGAAACCCUCUUCAAGUCCAAGAACUAUGAGUUCAUGUGGAACCCUCACCUGGGCUACAUCCUCACGUGCCCAUCGAACCUGGGCACUGGCCUGCGGGCAGGUGUGCACAUCAAGCUGCCCCACCUGGGCAAGCAUGAGAAGUUCUCGGAGGUGCUCAAGCGGCUGCGGCUUCAGAAGCGAGGCACAGGCGGUGUGGACACCGCUGCUGUUGGUGGAGUUUUCGAUGUCUCCAACUCGGACCGCCUAGGCUUCUCGGAGGUGGAGCUGGUGCAGAUGGUGGUGGACGGAGUGAAGUUACUCAUUGAGAUGGAGCAGCGGCUUGAGCAGGGUCAGCCUAUCGAUGACCUUAUGCCUGCCCAGAAGUGAAGCCUGGGCCUCACCGUCACCAGCCUGCUGCUUCCUAACCUAAUACCCGGGCAGUGCCUGCCAUGCAUCCCUGAUGUUUGCCGCCUGGCGGCUGAGCCCUUAGCCUCGCUGUAGAGACUUCCGUCGUCCUGGGUAGAGUUUAUUUUUUUGAUGGCUAAGCUGUUGCUGACACUGAAAUAAACUAGGGUUUGGCCUGCCCUA